AUGCCUCGGAAACAAGCGAUUGUGGCUCGUAACUGUUACCCCACUGUUCAAAUUAAACAAGAACAAGAUGAAAUAAUAUAUGCAACAACGGCGAAGAGAAAGUUAGAGCUAGAACCAGAUUCAAUUCAACAAGAAGGAUUCAAGACCCCGAAAUCAUGUAAACGACGAGGGAGAUAUCUCUCUAGUGAUAAUAGUCCACGCAAUGGACGGGGACCAUGUUCUAGUUUAGAUCAACUCUGGAAAAAUUGUUCGAGAUCACCUAUAGAGAAGACCAGAUAUGAUACAUCAUUAGGAUUAUUAACGAAGAAAUUUGUUGGGUUAUUACGUAGUGCUAGUGAUGGGGUAGUAGAUUUAAACAAGGCAGCCGAGUUAUUAGAAGUACAGAAAAGAAGAAUUUACGAUAUCACCAACGUCCUCGAGGGUAUCAGUCUUAUACAGAAGAAAUCUAAAAAUAAUAUUCAAUGGAAGGGCGCUACAAAUUCUAUAGCAGCCAAUAAUUCUUAUUCUCAACAACCUAUCUCUACAGAAACUGUUGAUUUACAUUCAGAUGUAGCAGAUUUGGAAGCGAAAGAAAACCGGUUGGAUGAAGCCAUUAAGAACUGUACACGUCAGUUAAAAUUACUGACAGAAAGCCCUGAGAAUUCACGACAGGCUUACGUCACCUAUCAAGAUAUCCGUAGUUUAAAAUCACUAGAUGAAAGAACAGUUAUAGCUAUUAAAGCUCCACCAGAAACCAGACUUGAAGUUCCUGAUCCUUCUAAGAUAUGGUUAAAGAGUCAGAAAGGACCAAUAGACGUCUUCCUGUGUCCUGAAGAUAUGCCAGAAGCCGACAACUCUUCCAGUGAGAAGAACAGCGACUUCGCUCCUAGCACAGAUCCUAGCAGUGCUUCCAGGAAUCUCGAGGAAUCGUUCUCGGAAGAUUCGGUGUCUUCUGAUGGAUACAAAGGUCAUCAUGGUUUGAGAAAUGCCUUCUUAGAUGACGAAGACAUCAGUCCAGAAAACAACUUCAACCUUCUUCAACAAACAGAAGAUCAGAUCAUAGACGCACCCUUCGUACAACUAGAACCUCCGAUAGACCUGGAUGAUUAUAUCUUCGGUCUGGACGGUGAGGGUAUAUCAGAUUUAUUUGACGUGUACAAUCUUCCCACCAAUAUUUAA